GACGCGAGUAAAUUCACCGGCUUCACACGACAAGCAACGCCCGACACGCACGACAACAUCCUUCGACUCCCGUUCUUGACCAUUCUCCAAUCUGCUCUCUCUCCCCCUUUGGUUCGGGAGAUUUUUACCCGAAAGAGAUCGCGCCUUUUACCCCCGUCGUUCUCUCCCCCCCCGCAAGAAACCCACCAGGCGAAUCAAAAGACCCGGAACUUUCCGCUGCUGCAGCCUUUCCACUGGAGACGAAUCUUCCCUCUUCCACAAAUCCUCGAUCCGCCAUCGAUUUCCGGGGACUGCCCAUUAGACCCUUUUGGAUUUCUUGGCUCCUUGGCCUGUCCCUUGCGAAAAUGGGGCUCCCGAGAUCGGCGCCGCCGCCGCCGCCGCCGCAGCCGCCGAGGUUCUUGCUAGGGUUCGUACUGCUGUUGGUGGUGGUGUCGUCGCUGGCGCCGCCGUCCGCGGCGAGGUUCGUGGUGGAGAAGAACAGCCUGGCGGUGACGUCGCCGGACAAGAUCAAGGGCAAUUACGACAGCGCGAUCGGGAACUUCGGGAUCCCGCAGUACGGGGGGAGCAUGGCCGGGGCGGUCACGUACCCGGAGAAGAACCAGAAGGGGUGCAAGGAGUUCAGCGAGUUCGACAUUUCGUUCAAGUCCAAGCCCGGCAUGCUGCCCAAGUUCGUCUUGGUUGAUCGCGGAGAUUGCUUCUUUGCUUUAAAGGUUUGGAAUGCCCAGAAAGCUGGUGCUUCGGCAGUACUUGUUGCGGAUGACAUCGAGGAAAGAUUAAUAACUAUGGAUUCUCCUGAAGAGGAUGGUUCGACUGCAAAAUACAUUGAAAAUAUUACUAUACCUUCUGCACUUAUUGAGAAAAGUUUUGGUGAAACAUUAAAGAAAGCAAUAAGUAGUGGAGAUAUGGUCAAUGUGAAUCUUGAUUGGAGAGAAGCGGUUCCCCACCCUGAUGAUCGUGUUGAGUAUGAGCUAUGGACCAACAGCAAUGAUGAAUGUGGAGUUAAAUGUGACAUGUUGAUGGAGUUUGUGAAAGAUUUUAAGGGUGCGGCACAGAUACUCGAGAAGGGCGGAUACACUCUGUUCACCCCCCAUUAUAUUACUUGGUAUUGUCCUCAGGCAUUUACCUUAAGCAAGCAGUGUAAAUCCCAAUGCAUAAAUCAUGGAAGAUAUUGUGCUCCUGAUCCAGAGCAGGAUUUCAGCUCUGGUUAUGAUGGGAAGGAUGUUGUGCUUGAAAACUUAAGGCAACUAUGUUUGUUCCGAGUGGCUAAUGAAUCUAAAAAGCCGUGGCUGUGGUGGGACUACGUUACUGAUUUCCAGAUUAGAUGUCCCAUGAAGCAAAAGAAAUACAACCAGGAAUGUGCUGACGGCGUUAUUAGAUCUCUUGGCCUUGACCUUAAAAAGAUUGAGAAAUGCAUGGGAGACCCAAAUGCUGAUUCUGAUAAUCCUGUUUUGAAGGAAGAGCAAAAUGCCCAAGUUGGAAAAGGAUCCAGAGGGGAUGUUACCAUCUUGCCAACUCUUGUUGUCAAUAAUAGACAAUAUCGAGGUAAGCUGGCAAAAGGUGCUGUUUUAAAGGCAAUUUGUGCUGGUUUUGAGGAAACUACUGAGCCUUCUGUCUGUCUAAGUGAUGAUGUGGAGACAAAUGAGUGCUUGGAUAAUAAUGGUGGCUGCUGGCAGGACAAAACAGCUAACGUCACUGUCACUGCCUGCAAGGAUACAUUUCGUGGGAGGGUGUGUGAGUGCCCCUUGGUUGAUGGGGUGCAAUUCAAAGGAGAUGGCUACACCACCUGUGAAGCAAGCGGACCUGGGAGGUGCAAGAUUAACAAUGGAGGUUGUUGGAAUGAUUCUCAGAAUGGGCAGUCAUACUCUGCUUGUUUGGAUUUCGGGAACAGCAAAUGCCAGUGUCCGCGUGGGUUUAAAGGUGACGGUGUCAAAACUUGUGAAGAUAUUGAUGAAUGCAAAGAGAAGAAAGCCUGUCAAUGCCCUGAAUGUAGCUGUAAGAAUACCUGGGGAAGUUAUGAGUGCACAUGUAGUGGAGAUCUUCUGUACAUUAGGGAUCAUGACACCUGCAUAAGUAAGAGCAGUACAGAGACAAAAUCUGCCUGGGCUGCUGUUUGGGUCAUUGUGAUAGGUUUAGCCAUGGCUGGUGGCGGCGGAUAUCUUGUCUACAAAUAUAGACUGAGGUCAUACAUGGAUUCAGAGAUCAGGGCUAUAAUGGCACAGUAUAUGCCUCUCGAUAGCCAAGCCGAAGUCCCAAAUCAUGUCAACGAGGUUCAUGCAUAGAGAGAGAGGGGCCAUGCACGGUUUGGUCUCUUGAAGGUUGCAGGCGACAAAAAGGAUUUGGUUUGAGCGGACUGCCCUUAAUUUAUCCAUUCACAUAUUUUAAACGUGAAUUGUGUCACUGUAAAUUAUGGUGUGGCACAAAGUAAUGGGUCACAGGUCACAUAAUUUUAACAAUUGGAUUAUUUCAGAGUGCUUCCUGAUCUUGUGCUAGAUUAAAAAGUCUUCAUGAGGAAUGGGGUGUAUAUGACUUAGAGACAGUAGCUUCUAGGACUCUUUUCUCAGUUUUCAUUAGAUUGUUUUUCUGAUUUACAUCGAGAAUGAGCUCCCACAUUCUAUAUGUUUAAAGUGCUUCGCUGCGUA